GGAAUAUUUUGUAAAUAAUAUAACCGUGUGAAUUCAAUACGGAUAAAUGGUAAUCGUUACUAGAAGCGCAUAUAAACGAGCCUGUGAGAGCUGCGACAGCAGCGACGUUUCACAGAAAAAUAUUAUGCCGCCAUGGUGUUCGUCAGGAAAAGUUUACGAAAGAAGCAAAUCUAAGAAACUUGCGACGCCGAAGUGGGAGAUGCGAUCCACGUAUCCGUUACGGACAAACAUCUGGGAAUAUCUGUAUGAAGAUAACGUCGAACAAAAGUUCAGUUGCAGCAAUAAAAGGAGACAUAGGAAAUGUAAACAAAAGUCGGUCGAAAGCGAUUCUUGUAGGAAAACAGCUGUCUGGGUGAUUUUGAUACUUGGCGCUGUGGGAAUCUCUGUUUCAGUAUCUGUGUGGAGUACAAACGCGACUCGGGAAGACCUGCCACCUAAGGCCAGGAUAACAUCAUUACCCAAAACGGAGUCCUCGUCAUCAGUGAGCUUCGAAUGCUGCAACAGAAUGAAAUAUUUAUCAGAACAACUAGCGAGAACGGAACAAACUCUCAGGAACACGCUUCGGUCACGAACCCUAAUGUUAGCGUCGCGUACUAAAACUGAACAAAUGGCAACAGUUGCAGAAGCUCAGGACAUUGAUACACGAUACAUAGAAGGUGCGACGGCGUCAAAGGGUAGUGACACAACGGAGUGGGGUGGAAGGGUAGCGCUGUGGGGGGUCGUGCCAUUGUGGCGCGCUGCCCCACCGCCCGACACAGUCCUCGCCUUGCGAAGACCUACGCUGUCCGACUGUUGGCCUUUCAUCGGUUCCUAUGGCGAGAUAAUAAUACGAUUGCGGGGAACACAGAGGGUGCGCUACGUCACCGUGGAACACAUCCACCCAGACACCGCUCGGAGUGCGCCCAAGCAUUUCCUAAUAUACGGCAUACUAGCAAACAACACAUGGAUCAAAAUAGCGAACUCGCAAUAUCGCGCGGAAGGUCCCGCGAAGCAGUUCUUCACACUGGCCUACAAAUACCUUGAAUGGAAGAGUCUGGUGUUCCGCGUGCUAACCAACCAAGGAAACAACAAAUAUACCUGUAUUUAUAGAAUACAUUUGUAUGGAAAUGUUGAUAGUAGCAUAGUUCCCUUGAAUAAAUUAUAA